UAAAACGUAGAUUUUUUAGUUACGCAUUUCAGAACUGUUUUCUUAGGUCGGGCGAUUUGCAGCACCGAUAAUAACCUGACUGUUCAUUAAUGAUCAACUAGCAUCAGGAGUUAGAGCUAUUGCAGUAAAAUGAAGUUUAAAAGUAUUUUUGGAUAUACUUUGGCAAUUCUUUUUUGUGGUGGCGUCAUUGCUACCAUAUUAUCUAUUAUGAUGACAUCAGAAUCAUCUUCUGAGCCACCGGUUACGACAGCAACCGAAAAAACGACAACUCUUCCAAACGAAGCAACAUUGCCACCUGUAGAACCUACUACUACUCUUCCUCCUACGGAAAUGACGACAACGCUACCAGUGGAAGUGACGACAGCGCCGCCAGCGGAAACGACGACAACGACACCAGCGGAAACGACGACUACGACACCAAUGGAAACGACGACAACGACACCAGCGAAAACGACGACAACUACACCAGCGGGAACGACGACAACGCCACCAGCGGGAACGACGACAGUACCAUCAACUGGUGCGACGACAACGACACCAGCGGCAACGACGACAACGACAGCAACGGAAACGACGACAACGACACCAGCGAAAACGACGACAACUACACCAGCGGGAACGACGACAACGCCACCAGCGGAAACGACGACAGUACCAUCAACUGGUGCGACGACAACGGCACCAGCGGCAACGACGACAACGACACCAACGACACCAGCGGAAACGACAACAGCACCAUCAACUGGUACGACGACAACGUCACCGGGGGAAACGACGACAGUCCCUACAACGGAAGUGACGACAGUACCUACAACGGAAGUGACGACAACCCAGACUACAGGGGUGACAACAACUACCGCAUCAUCGUUGGCAGGAGAUUUUGUUUAUGUACAAACAACUGCGGGUAAAUUGAGAGGGAAAAAGACAGAGCAAGGUACAGCAUUAUUCCAUGGUGUCCCGUUCAGCAGGGCACCAGUGGGUGAUAACAGGUGGACAAAGCCUGAAAAGCCAACAGCCCUGCCAUACGCAGAGGGGGAUUACUACGACGCUACACACGCAAGAGCAGGCUGCCCGCAACUCUGUGAACUGCCAUCGCCGCAAUACGUAUGCCCUGACCAGAUUGACGAAGACUGUCUCCACUUAGCGGUCUACCUACCAAGUCGACUCACUAAAGUUACAAAUACGACAGAUGGUGAAUAUUUUGAAAUGAUAGACAACAUCGAAAUCGCAAACCUAUCAGUUAUGGUCUUCUUUUACGGCGGAGCGUUUACAGCUGGUGCAAACGGUGUUCUACUAUAUGAUGCGAGGUUUAUUGCGGAAAAGGGAGACGUGGUUGUUGUCGUCCCUAACUACCGAGUGGGGCCUUUCGGGUUCUUCUAUCAAGACACCGGAGAUACGGACGCAGUGUUAGGAAACUUCGGUAUAUGGGAUCAAAUCAAAGCAUUGGAAUGGGUGCAAGAAAAUAUACAGAGUUUUGGUGGAAAUAAGAAGUCGGUUACACUGUUCGGCCAAAGUGCAGGCGCACAGAGUAUUGCUGUACACAUGGUGAACAAUUAUAGCGAACCUCUAUUCCACGGAGCAAUACUGGAAAGCAACCCGUUUGGAAUCACGUACAAAAACAAAACAGAAGCUCAAGAUAUUGCUGAUAAAUUCGCCAAACACAUGGGCUGCAGAGACGAGGCAACUACUGCUGUCGACGCAUUAGCAUGCAUGAAAAGUAAAACGAUGGAAGAGACAUUGGCCGCACUCAGAAACUUCAGUAUUGUGAAUCAGAUAAACCCAAACUCUUUAACUCAAGUCUUUGAACCGUGGGCUCCCGUGUUGGACGAAGAUUUGUUGAAUGAACAUCCUUACUACACAUUUUUAAAGGGCAAUAACCACGACAAACCGAUGAUAAUGGGAUUCGCAAAAGACGAAGGGAUGUUUUUUAUUCUUCAAAUAUUCCCUGAAAAAUCUGAAACGUUAAAAACGUACGAUCUACUCAUGAAAUUAAUGUUUGGAGAUAAUUAUACAGACGUGGAAGAACACUAUCCUCCCGAGUGUGGAAAAUUGAGAAACUCAGAAUGUGACAACAGAAACCCGAUGGACGAUUUAGUGACGGACUAUCUUUUUACAUGCCCGAGCCGCCGAGUAAUGAAUGCAGAUGCUUCUUCCAAUAACGUGUGGUGGUACAUGUUCAAUCAGACUUGGUCUUUUCCGGAGUUCUGGGAAAACUACACCAAGUGCUACGACCUCGUGUGCCAUUCUGCUGAACUGCCUUACUUAUUUGACGUGGACAAACUAACUGAUUUAUCCUUUACCGAUGAGGAACAAGUACUUGCGAACAACAUCAUUAAGUACUGGAGCAACUUUGCUAAAUCCGGGAACCCGAACCAAAUGAGUAGGGAUUCCCCUAUCACGAGCACAGAAUACUGGCCAACCCUGUUCGAAACUGAAGGCCACUACAGCGCGCUCCAAAUCAGCACAUCUCAACUUUCAGUGUUGACCGACUACGUUUCAAACCAAUGUGAUUUUUUUGAUGAGUUGGACUUAUAUUUGAAGGACGACUUCAAGUUGGGUAUUCGUCCAACUGAGCUACGAGCUGCUAUUCGAUCAGAGGGCGAAAAUAUCAACAAGUUCAAAACUGUUUAAAAAACUUGAUAUGCAAUUAUUAAUUCUUUAUAUUAUAGUAUGGUGGGGUAAGAUGGUACAUAUUUUCUUUUUUUCUUGUCCCACUUGUUGGUAAACAAAAAAUAUUUACAGAAAUUUAUAACCGUAGUCCGCGACUUUAAAAAAGCGUUGUUUAUUGUUGAAACCACAAAAUGUGACUUUAAAGUGCUGGCGGUACCCAUCUUACCCCACAGUACCAUAUACAAUGAAAAUAUUUCGUUUUUAAGUUUUAAUUAAACUUCUAAAUGACAAAGACAGGUACAGAACGCUCUACAAAAAAACAAGAAUUCUUGUAUAAAAAGUUAAUUCGAAUUUUAGCAGUGAAAUGAUAGAUUAUUUUUUCAACGUAAAAGGUUUUGUUAAAAAUGCCCCAACUGUGCAUAAAGAACAAACAAUGUUUGAAGUUUCUUAUGCAAAUUCGUUUAGUUACUUAGGCUGUCUUAUAAAGAAGUUUCUCAUAAAAAGCGAAAUAGACCGACAAAAGUUCCGUAUUAACGAAUUUAUCAAUUUAUUUUCGGCGCUACUUAUUGUUUGUUUUCCUUACACGAUAAUAAACAAAGAAAUUAAACUAA